AUGCCUAUUGUUCCGAUGGCCACGUCCGCUCGAGCGCUGCUUGCGAUCUCUGCUCUACUUGCCGUGUUGUUCCAAGAAAGCUUGCAAAAUGUGAUGCCCAACCAAACAGGAAUAUGGAGUUGCCGAUAUUUACAAAAUUACGAACCGGAACCGUUACUAGUACAUGGCAAUGACGAAGCGAUUAAUAACAAUUUCUUUCAUAAAUUGAAAAAAGUAAUAAAGAAAUCUAAACAAGGCAUUAAAGAACUUUUAAGAAAGAGAGAAGAGAAGAAAAUUUUAAAGAAACAACGAUUAGAUGAAAUGUCAAGGAUAAAUUCUUUGAAAUAUGAACAAAUUAUGCAACAAUGGCAAAUGAAAUUGAAUGUUUUGCCCCGUAAGAAGAGAUCAGCAAAUGAACUGCAAAAUUUCUUCAAUCGUAUUAAAAAUAUAAUACCAGGUUAUUUGCGUGGAAAAGUAAAACCUGUUGUGGAUAAAAAGAAAGGAAAUGUGUCAAAAAGCACUAAAAGGCACCAUGGGCGCAGAACACGAAAACCCCAUCAAAAACAACGUCAUACAACCUUAAAGACGACAACAGUACUACAAAAGUGA